AUGGCAAAACUCACACACAGGGCCAGGCUGGCGGAGCUGCGUGCUCUCCGUCAGUCCGGAAAGAAGGCCUUUGCCAACUACAAUGUCGACGAAGCCGACAACGUCUUCGACGAGGUCGACGAGGAUGGAUACAAGAAGUUGGUCCGUGAGCGCCUGAACGAAGAUGACUUCGUUGUCGACGAUGACGGCGAGGGAUAUGCCGACGACGGCCGAGAGGACUGGGAUCAUGUCCAGAGAUACGACUCGGACAGCGAGGCCGACGAGAUUAGCCACAGGGGAGGACGCCCAAGUAAAGCGACCAAAAAAGCUCGUGAGGACGAGCAGGCCAAGCGUGACGCCAACGACCAAGAUAUCGGCAAUUUUUUCACCAAGAAGUCUGUCACGGCCCAGCCCAAGCCCAAGAUUGCCAAGACCCAGGAUGAUGUUGAUUUCAUGGCUGGUCUCCUCGGCGAAGUCGAUACCAACAUCCCCGCCCCAACCAGGAUACCCAAGCACGAGCGAUCAGGUGAACGUCGCAAGUCGCGUGCUCUCUCCCCCGCACGUGAACAACCAUUGUUGAAGAAGAUGAAGUCGGUCGACACCCGCUUCACCUCGUCCCCGCCUGCCCUGCCCACUGCAGACGAUGAAAAUGAGGGUCACAUGCCGCCUUCCAUCAUUGAGGAGGAGCCCCCGAGCACCGCAGAUGUGCCCAUGAGCGACCCUGCUCCCUCGUCUCCGGCCGCCAAGGUUGCCCAAAGAAAGGCUCAUUUUAGGGAAGAGCCCAAGGACGACGAUAUCGAGGACGACAUGAUGGAAGUUGCCCACGCCGGUGCAAUUAGGACGGUCAGCGUCAACAUUAGCGGCUCCAAGCCCAUCAAGAAAAUCCUCAAGCAGCCAGAGCCUUAUCCUACUCCAGCCGGCUCCUCCCCAGCCAAGCCCCUGCAGUCUUCCACAGUCGACUCCUCAGAAUGGAACCAGCUCAAUGACAGUCUGAAUGUCGUCACCACCUCGCCUGACACCAGGUGCGUCGGCAAGAUUGACCACAAGGACGCCAUCGAGGCUGAUGGAAGCCUCAACUUCUUCUGGACCGAUUAUACCGAGGUCAAUGGAAGUCUGUGCCUCUUCGGAAAGGUUCUCAACAAGAAGACAAACACAUACGUCAGCUGUUUCGUCAAGGUUGACAACAUCCUUCGCAAGCUCUUCUUUCUGCCUCGUCAAAAACGGCUCAGGAAUGGCGCCGAGACAGAUGAGGACGUUGAGAUGACGGACGUUUACGACGAGGUUGACGAGAUGAUGACCAAGAUGAAUGUCGGCAUGUACAAAAUCAAGGCCUGCACUCGCAAGUACGCCUUUGAACUUCCCGAUGUCCCCAAGGAGGCCCAGUACAUGAAACUCCUUUACCCCUACACAAAGCAGCAAGUUGACCCCAACCGCAUGGGCGAGACGUUUUCGCACGUCUUUGGCUCCAACACAGCCCUGUUUGAGCAAUUCGUUCUCUGGAAGAACAUUAUGGGACCGUGCUGGCUGAAAAUUGAGGACGCUGACUUUGGCGCCAUCAAGAACGCCUCGCACUGCAAGCUCGAGGUGCUAGCUGAGCAUCCCAACAUGGUCUCGGUUGCAACCGAAUCGGACAACCUGGACGCGCCGCCCCUGACCCUGAUGAGCGUCGCUCUCAGGACAGCCUACAACCAAAAGGAGAACAAGCAGGAGAUCCUGGCCAUCAGUGCCAGGGUCUAUGACAAUGUGCUACUUAGCGACACGACCCCGGCUGGGAAAAUACCUUGCCGCACCUUCACAGUCAUCCGACCUCAUGGCCCGUCAUUUCCUAUCGGGUUCGACCAGUUGGCCAAGAGCCGAUCCAAGGGUGGGCCCAUUGUGCUCAAGAAACAAGAGUCGGACGUCCUUAGCUACUUUUUAGCGCAAAUGGAUCUGACAGAUCCCGAUGUCAUCUUUGGCCACCAGUUUGAGGGAGUCGACUACAGCGUCCUCCUGGAUCGAUUGCAAGAGAAGAAGACUCAUCAGUGGUCAAGGCUGGGCCGCUUCCGCAGAUCGCAGUGGCCGAGCUCUAUCACCAAGAUGGGUGGUAACGUCUUUGCCGAGCGCCAGAUCAUUUCUGGGCGACUCCUCUGCGACCUUGCCAACGACAUGGGCAAAUCGGUCAUGAACAAGUGCCAGACAUGGAGCUUGACCGAGAUGUGCAGCCUGUAUCUAUCCGGCGACAACCGCCGCCGUGAUGUCGAUAACGAGGUUGCCCUGAACACUUGGGCCAAGGAGAAGAAGGGUCUCAUGGAUUAUAUCUCGCACAUGGAAGCCGACACGCAUUACAUCGCAGCCCUCGCCUUGGGCACGCAGAUCCUGCCUCUGACGAAGGUCCUGACCAACCUGGCCGGCAAUUCAUGGGCGCGUACGCUGACCGGUACCCGCGCUGAGCGCAACGAGUACAUUCUUCUCCACGAGUUCCACCGUGGCAAGUACAUUUGCCCCGAUAAGCAAGGCUUCCGUGGCCGUCCCAGGCCUGAGGACGAGAACGAGGAGGGCGGAGAGACGAAGAAGAAGGACAAGUACAAGGGCGGUCUCGUCUUCGAACCUGUCAAGGGACUCUACGACAAGUUUGUGCUUGUCAUGGACUUCAAUUCUCUCUAUCCCUCCAUCAUCCAGGAAUUCAACAUUUGCUUCACGACAGUCGACCGCUCCGCUGUUAGCGAGGACGAAGAUGCCGUCCCCGAGGUGCCUACGGACCAGGAGCAGGGUAUCUUCCCCCGGCUGAUUGCCACACUCGUCGGGCGACGUCGCCAGGUCAAGAGUCUGAUGAAGGACAAGAAGGCGACACCGGAGCAGCUUGCCACUUGGGACAUUAAGCAGCUGGCGCUGAAGCUGACGGCCAACUCCAUGUACGGUUGUCUGGGAUACACCAAGUCUCGUUUCUACGCCCGCCCCCUGGCCGUCCUGACGACUUACAAGGGCCGUGAGAUUCUAAGACGCACCAAAGAGUUGGCCGAGAGCAAUUCGCUGCAGGUCAUCUACGGUGACACGGACUCGGUCAUGAUCAACGCCAAUGUGAACUCGAUCGCCGAAGCCUUCAAGGUUGGCGCCGAGUUCAAGAAGGCCGUCAAUGAGCAGUACAAGCUCCUGGAGAUUGACGUCGACAAUGUCUUCCGACGCAUCCUUCUGCAAGCCAAGAAGAAGUAUGCAGCCAUCGACCUUGUCGAGAAGGACGGCAAGUAUAUCGACAAGCUCGAGGUCAAGGGUCUGGACAUGCGCCGUCGUGAAUACUGCGCCCUGUCCAAAGAGAUCUCACAACGCCUGCUGGAUGAGAUCCUGUCUGGCAACGACACCGAGGUCUCGAUUGCGCGUAUUCAUGAGUACCUACGUGAGACGGCGGACAAGAUGCGAGAGCAGCAGAUACCCACGUCCAAGUACAUCAUAUUCACGCAGCUGGGCAAAGGACCCAAGGAGUACCCCAACGCCGACUCGAUGCCGCAGGUCCAAGUCGCCCUCCGCGACAUGGAGCGAGGCAAGACGGUGCGCAAGGGUGACGUGGUGUCGUACAUCAUCACUGGAGACGGCAAGAGCUCGGAGACGGCAGCCAAGCGAGCACGCGCCCCAGCAGACCUCAAGGCCGACACCAGCCUGGUGCCUGACGUUGAGUGGUAUAUCGGAAAGCAGAUCUUCCCCUCCGUAGAACGACUAUGCGCCAACAUCACGGGCACGUCGACGGCGCAGUUGGCUGAGCAGCUGGGUCUGGACGUGCGCAAGUACAGCUCUGUACAGAACAACGGCGGGUCGUCCAACAACGACAUGGAGAUUCACCCUCUUGAGUCGCAAAUUCCCGACGAGGUGCGCUUCAGCGAGUGCUCCCGCCUAUCUCUGCGGUGCCGCAGGUGCAAGUCCUCAUUCGAGUUUGAAGGCCUGGGCGGCUCGCUGAACCGCAUCUCUGCGUCAGGAGUGGUAUGUGCCACCGAGGGCUGCGGCGCCACGCUCUCGACACUGUCGAUUGUGGCUCAGGUCGAGCAUGCCGUACGCAGCCAGACGUCCCGGUACUACGAGGGCUGGCUGGUAUGCGACGACUCGCAGUGCGGCAACCGCACGCGCCAGAUGAGCGUAUACGGCACACGGUGCCUAGGUCCCAAGGGCCUGGCCACGGGAUGCCUAGGCCGCAUGCGCUACGAGUACACGGAGAAGGCCAUCUACAACCAGCUCGUCUACCUUGCCAGCCUGUGGGACGUGGACAGGGCCAAGACCAAGGCUGUCGCCGCCGCUGCUACGGGCAGCGCAUCCGUCUCGGCAUCAGAGCGAGAGCAGCUCAUCGCACUGGCAGAGCACAACCGCGUACGCUUUGGCACCGUCAAGUCGGUUGUGGACAAGUACCUUGACAAGUGUGGACGGCAGUGGGUGGCCAUGGACACGCUGUUUUCCAAGCUCGGCUUCAACAAGAUGAUGGUGGCGGUGUGA